CCCUCCGAAGGAGGGCUCCGGAAGUGACGCUAGACCCUCUGCAGAUCCCUGAGUCUGAAGCUGGAGGACGAGCUCAAAGCCCUAAGUGGCUCCGGCCCCGCCGGCCGGAGCCUCAGGCUCCCGGGGCCUGCGGGGGACCUCGGCAGCGCCCCCGGCCUCGCCCCCGAGCGCAGCCAUGUCUGGUAACGGCAAAGCAGCCCCAGCCGCGGAAGAAAACAGUCCAAAGAUGAGAGUGAUUCGAGUGGGUACUCGUAAGAGCCAGCUGGCUCGCAUACAGACGGACAGCGUGGUGGCAACGCUGAAAACCUUGUAUCCUGGCCUGCAGUUUGAAAUCAUUGCCAUGUCCACUACAGGGGACCGGAUUCUUGAUACUGCACUCUCUAAGAUCGGAGAGAAGAGCCUGUUUACCAAGGAGCUAGAGCACGCCUUGGAGAGGAAUGAAGUGGAUCUGGUUGUUCACUCCCUAAAGGACCUGCCCACCGUGCUUCCUCCUGGCUUCACCAUUGGUGCCAUCUGCAAGAGGGAGAACCCUUAUGAUGCUGUUGUUUUUCACCCAAAAUUUGUUGGGAAGACCUUAGAAACCUUGCCAGAGAGGAGCGUGGUGGGAACUAGCUCCCUGCGGAGAGCGGCUCAGCUGCAGAGAAAGUUCCCACAUCUGGAGUUCAAGAGUAUUCGUGGAAACCUCAACACCCGACUUCGGAAGCUGGACGAACAGCAGGAGUUCAGCGCCAUCAUCCUGGCCACAGCCGGCCUGCAGCGCAUGGGCUGGCAGAACCGAGUGGGGCAGAUCUUGCGCCCUGAGGAGUGCAUGUAUGCUGUGGGCCAGGGGGCCCUGGGCGUCGAAGUCCGAGCUAAAGACCAGGACAUCUUGGAUCUGGUGGGUGUGUUGCAUGAUCCUGAGACUCUGCUUCGCUGCAUCGCUGAAAGGGCCUUCCUGAGACACCUGGAAGGAGGCUGCAGUGUGCCAGUAGCAGUCCAUACAGCUAUGAAGGAUGGGCAAGCAACUGUUUUAGGUGGGGGUGGGGGGUGGGGCAGUAAAUAAGACUUAGAAUCGUGCCUUCUCAACAAAUCCCACCUCUCUCUCAUCCAGCAAGAGGAUGGCCCCGAGGACGAUCCACAGCUGGUAGGCAUCACUGCCCGAAACAUUCCACGAGGAGCCCAGUUGGCUGCUGAGAACCUGGGCAUCACCCUAGCCAAUUUGUUGUUGAACAAAGGAGCCAAGAACAUUCUGGAUGUCGCACGGCAGCUUAAUGAUGCCCGCUAAGUGGUCUGUGGGACACGAGUGCCUAGAUGGCUGCUGUCCAGUGCCUUCAUCCCUGCCCUCAGUACUAACUGGGGAGUGAUUAUCCCAGAAGAUCGAACUGCAGGAUCUGAAACUUCCAGGGACUUGCUUCACCCUUGAGGCCUUAGUGACUACCUUGCUUCCUCAGUAGGUGGGGGCUUCAUCUUUUUAGAGAAAAAGUCCCAGGUCACAACCUUUGGAUGUGACCAGCUGUAUAAUAAACCAAUUCUGAAGGUGUUA